AACAAAACACAAUAAAUCGUGACAAUGGAAAUAGUGGAUCUGAAAUUGAAGACCCAGUAGAAAGUGAAUUAGCUAGGUUUAUUCAUGCUAAAGAACUGCUUAAUAUAGAGUUAUGGAAAAAUUUUUCACAAGCAGAAAUAGACAAAUUAUCUAAUUUUCUGAUUACUUAUCCAAAGCCAAUAGUUUCAGCAUAUACAAAACCCAUAUCUGAUUGGACAAUUCCAAUUCCUAAGAUACAAG